AUGGCACGUACGCCUCCGGUUGAGAAGAGGGAGAGAUUAACCCUCUCUCAGCUCGCGACGUAUGAUGAUAUCUUGACGGAUACCCUCGUGGAUCAAGCCUACUUCUGGACAACAAUCCGCAAGAAUAGAGCCAAAUAUUUCCCUGUAAGGGGCAUACUCGAGGAGAGCGUUACUUCUAUCCUCCUACACGAUGUAGUCGUUGCAAAAGACGCGUUAAAGGCUGAGAAGGCCUUCCUGGAACUUCCAGGUCUGAAGAAAUUUGGCGAUAAACUUCGUUCUGCGCGAGAGAAGGAAUGGUUUCGACGACAUCUUCGCAAAUACAUCUCCAUCUACCUCCCUGAUUGCCCGUUCGAGGUUACGACAACGAAUAGGUAUACUAUCUUAACACAUGAGGCUGCUGUGUCUGCUAGAAAGUUCAUAUCAUCCGGACACCCGGUGAAAUACCUGAGUGGUACCCUUGUUUCAAUCACAAAAGAAGAGGAAACCGAUCUAGACCUUACAAAACGUGAUUUCAGUAUUGUCAUGUCAACCAGGAAGAAGACUGCCUCGUUGUUUUUGGGACCGGCAAGAUUUGCGAAUCACGACUGUAACGCUAACGCGAAGCUGGUCACAAGGGGGUUUGAAAGCAUGGAGGUUGUCGCCACGCGGGAUAUUGAGGUCGGAGAUGAAAUAACCGUCUCAUACGGCGAUAACUACUUUGGCGAUGACAACUGUGAAUGUCUUUGCCAUAGCUGUGAGUUGGCGCAGCGCAACGGCUGGUCAACGCCCACGCCCUCGCGUGUGAAUAGCUGGGUUCGCAGCGCAUCCGCAUUUUCUGACGAGCUGGAGCCGUCAUCUAGCCCCCCGAGCAAUGGCAGCGAAAAACACGGCCUAGAGACAGAUUCUGAUGCCUCGGAUGGUUUUCUGGGAAAGAGAAGGAAGGUGGAGCGUAAAUCGUCAAAUCUAAGGUUGCAGGAAUCUGCAGAUGAAACCGGUGACGCCGAGGCUGAAUCGACUUCGUCAGUGCCGAAUGGGUGCUCGCCCGCUGCUAACGAAGUGAUACCUAAUGACAUCCAGUUACCUAGAGAUGACAGCCGUGACAAUGGAUGCGACACAUCAGAUAUCCCAGUUGGCGACGAGGAACUGUCAGCAGAAGGCCGGAUUUCUAGGGACACUUCUAUUGAAAAUAGCAGCGGACAGUCCUCUGGAUCCACUGCAGCAACAUCUCAUCCUGGCUCAGGUAUCCAAACAACACCUGCUCCAGGAAUAACAGAUACCAUCCCCAAGGACUUAGAUAUCGGCGAGAAACUGCCUCAGCUAAAAGACAAGCUCCCAUUUCCACAGAUUCUUAUUGGAGAUAGUGAAGAAAACGAUUUGUCUGCGUUUUCUGAAGUAAAUGAAUCAGAUGCUACGACAACGGCCCCUAAACCUAAACGACGAUACAAAAAACGCAGCUUCCCAGUCCCAGUUGACGAGCCCCCUAAAUUCCGGGUUCCAGGCGAUUACACGAAGACUACAAAGUUGCUAGCACAACGCUACGAUCGCUGGGUCGAAUGCCAAACAUGCAAUGACUGCCGCGGGAUACCACCGGGGUACAGCCCCAUGCGUCUAGGGGAUAUUGCCAUGUCUGCGAUCGACCGAAUGAAACAUUUCUUAGACCUGCAGCAGCUCAGCAGAGAAAUGAGCGAGCAGUACGAGCUCCCAGACAGCAGUAAACCAACCUCCAGCAUCAUAACCAGGACCUUCAUUGCGCCCUUAUACCAAGGAAAUGCACAAGGGUAA